AUGCUCCUCCAGCUACCGGAAUUCCAAGAGGAGUUUGAAGAAGCCGACAUCCUCUAUCAAAAUGAGCCAAAGAAUCCCCUGAGAGAUUUGAAGCACGUGUGCCAAAAGGGGACGCCCUUGUUGGUCUUAUACAACAAGCUACAGCCAGGUCGCAUGUUCCGGCGCUAUCCCGACCCAACGUCGCACACUGAUCUUAGUCAGUUUAUUGAUAAUUUCAAUGCCUUCGGUCUUGGUCGAACGAAUGCUUUCACUAUACUUAGCCCUAGCCCAAAGGCUUUCACAAUACUGGACCCGACAGGGGAUAGCUAUGUUGGAUUUUUCAAGGUCGUAGAGACCCUAGAGUCAAUUUUGGGGGAACUUGUCAAACGAAAAAUUCUUAAGCAAGAACGUCUUUCUGCGCAAUUACCUUCAUAUCCCGAUGCAUUCGAGGAUGUGCGAGCUACUGUGGCUAGUUUCUUAGACACUGAACGAGAUUUCUUCGAACGGUUGAGGAAGCUGUUGUCCAUAAAAACUAAGAUGGGCCAUGAGCUCUUCAAUCGUAAAGAGUCCAAAAUCGUAUUCGGUCCGAUUGAUAGGAUUGUGGAUUGGCAGGUUGAGCUCUUGCUUGCAAUUGAGACCCAGGUCUUGAAACACCCUUUCAGCCAACGAUGGAACAUUCCGUUUACUCCCCUGGCGCGAAUCAGCAAAGAUUUUCAGGUGUAUGAUUCUUCCAGCUCUAAAAGGGGAGCCAUAUUACGUGCUAAGAUGGAAAGACGGAACAAGAUUCUUUCCGAUCUGCAUGUUUUCGCCCUGCAGCAGUUGACGGCACUUUCAGGUCUUCUCAUUUUGCACCUAGAUCAGUACGAAAAAUUCAUUGAGUCAUUAGUAACGCUUUUCCAAAAACGAGAUCCUAGAUUGACGGGCCUAGUACUUAGUGAUCUGAUGCUCGCCGUGGACGCUAUCAAGUCGAUCCAAAUGGACAUUAAACAAGCAAAAGAAAGAGUCCUCAUGAAACCAUUUUUGGUUGAUUUGAACAAUCGGAUACAGGACUGGGAAGGACACCAAGUCGAGCAUUUCGGGGAGUUAGUAAUGUGCGGAAGAUACCUAAUCAACUUUAUGGGCAAGACAAAACCGGUGGGUAGGAUGCCACAACGACAGGAGAACAAUUUUAAGCUAGAGCUGACUUCCUGGACGAUCUUGCUGAUAUGCAAGGAACAGCCGCUGGCAGCAACGAGCCCCCAAGGCUUGCGGAGCAGCAUAUUCCCCGAGGAAAGUAAAGCCAGCCAGGCCAAGUUAAACUUGGGCAUAGAAGCUAUAAUCCUGCUCCAGAACGUCACAGAGCUUGUGCCAUUGAAGAUAAACCCAAAAGAUUUCUAUCACCUCGGGGUAAGAUGGCAAAUAGAGCACUCCGCAGGGAGUCUCAAUAUCUAUUUCUCGGAGGAGAAGCAGAUGCGUGAGUGGGGAGACCAAAUUCAUGCUCUGAUCAUUCAAGCUCGUGCUAGUAGCUAUCCUGUUCGAGUUGCUAGCGGAUUUAGGUCCCCUUAG